ACACUAUCUAACUUUGACGUCUGCCAUUUCUAGUGUUUACAUUUUUAUUAACAAUUUUUUUGGGAAUUUAACUAAUGCUAGUGUUGAGACGGAGAUACAAAGAUAAACAGUAUAUAACCAAGAGAAAUUUAGAGAUUUCCGCUCAAACUGAAGUUUUGCAAAAUGGCAGGAAUUAAAUAUUGGUCUCACUUGCAUUUGCUGGUUCGGUGGGGAUGACUUUCAUCAUUUUGGCCUGCGCUCUACCCCAAUAUGGAUUAUGGUGGCCAUUUUUUGUGGUACUCUUCUACGUGCUUGCACCAGUUCCCACCCUGAUGGCUAGACGGUACUCGGAUCAUUCCGGUUCGAGUAACUCGUGCCUUGAAACCGCAAUUUUUCUCACCAUGGGCAUUCUCGUUUGUUCUUUUGCCCUUCCGAUCGUUUUAGCCCGGGGCAGCGUAAUUCUUUGGGGGGCUUGCUGGCUAACGCUCGCCGGGAAUUUUAUCGUCUACGGAACCUUGUUCAGUUUCUUCUUAGCUUUUGAAGCUGAUGAUUCUGAUUAUAACAUGUGGUAAACUAUUUUGGAACUUUGUAUGUUAAAUUUUGAUAAUAGACAUUCACUUAUUAUCCUAACUCUGUAAUAUACAACGAUGGAAGAUUUGAAGUUAGACUAAAGAUUGCUUUGUGUAGGAUUUCAGUAUUUAAUACAAACUUAUUGAACUAUUGAAGGUUGUCCUCGAUCCUACUUCAUUAUUACUAAAUAAUAUAGUAUUGAAAAAUGUGAAUGGUGUAUUAAUCACUUAAUUAAUGUUGAUGUUGAUGUAGAGCACUAUGGGGCAAUAGUUCAUUUUUCCAAUCAGACAACAAUAAGCAACUACGAUAAGGCUAUAAUGAGAAAGGUGAUUUUUAGUUUAAGUAUAUUUUUUGUGAAAUAUUAAAUUAAGUUAUUCAACUAAAUAAAAGUAGUUACUUUUUAGAUUA